AGCACUGCGUGCUGGCAUCUGGACACCUUUCGGGCUGGCCCAUGCCCGCUAGGCCAGAAGUCCAGGGGCACUAAGAUGAGACACUGCAUCAACUGCUGCAUCCAGCUGUUCCCGGACGAGGCGCACACACCGCUGGCCGGCUGCCGAGGGGGCCCCCACCCCAGCAGCCAGGCGUGUCCCGCGUGCGGAGGAGAAAACAAGAUCCUGUUCCGUGUGGGCAGCAGGCAGAUGAACUUGCUGGCUGUGCUCGAAGUGAGGACGGAAGGGAACGAGAGCUGGGGCGGGUUUCUGCGCUUCAAAAAGGGGAAGCGAUGUAGCCUCGUGUUUGUGCUGGUGAUCAUGACCUUGGUGAUGGCAUCUUAUAUCCUUUCUGGGGUCCACCAGGAACUCCUGAUCCCCUCGCCUUUCCAUUAUGGAGGCUUCCCCAGUAACCCCGGUGCGAUGGACAGUGAAAGCCCAGGUGACCUAAAAGGCCACCACCACCAGCCCUCUGUAAAUAACAUCUCGUACGUGAAGGAUUACCCAAGCAUUAAACUGAUUAUCAACAGCAUCACGGCCAAGGUCGAGUUCACAACCAGACAGCUCCCAGACCUGGAAGACCUCAAGAAGCAGGAGAUGCAUAUGUUCUCCGUCAUCCCCAGCAAAUUCCUCCCCAACAGCAAGAGUCCCUGCUGGUACGAGGAGUUCUCGGGCAGGAACACCACCGACCCCUACCUGCGCAACUCCUACGUGCUGUAUUCCAGAAGGUUCCGCUCCACCUUCGACGCCCUGCGCAAGGUCUUCUGGGGCCACCUGUCCCACGCCAACGGCAGGCACUUCCGCCUGCGCUGCCUGCCCCACUUCUACAUCAUAGGGCAGCCCAAGUGUGGCACCACGGACCUCUAUGACCGCCUGCGGCUGCACCCCGAGGUCAAGUUCUCCGCCAUCAAGGAGCCCCACUGGUGGACCCGGAAGCGGUUUGGAAUUGUCCGCCUGCGGGAUGGACUGCGGGAUCGAUACCCCGUGGAGGAUUAUCUGGACCUUUUUGACCUGGCUGCACAUCAGAUUCACCAAGGACUACAGACCGGUUCUGCCCAGGAAGAGAGCAAGAUGAACAGUAUCCUCAUCGGGGAGGCCAGCGCGUCCACUAUGUGGGACAACAACGCUUGGACCUUCUUCUAUGAGAACAGCACAGACGGCGAGCCGCCCUUCCUGAUCCAGGACUUCAUCCAUGCCUUCCAGCCCCACGUCAAGCUGAUUGUCAUGCUCAGAGACCCCGUGGAGAGGCUGUACUCAGACUAUCUCUACUUUGCAAGUUCGAAUAAAUCUGCAGACGACUUCCACGAGAAAGUGGCCGAGGCCCUGCAGCUGUUUGAAAACUGCAUGCUCGAUUACUCACUGCGUGCCUGUGUCUACAACAACACUCUGAACAACGCCAUGCCGGUGAGGCUCCAGGUGGGGUUGUAUGCUGUGUACCUCCUGGACUGGCUCAGUGUCUUCAGUAAAGAGCAGUUCCUCAUUCUUCGCCUGGAAGACCACGCGUCCAAUGUCAAGUCCACCAUGCACAGGGUCUUCGAGUUCCUAAACCUUGGACCCCUGAACGAGAAGCUAGAAGCCCUGAUGACCAAGAGCCCCGCCUCGAACGCACGACGCCCGGAGGACCGGAACCUGGGGCCCAUGUGGCCGGUCACUCAGAAGAUCCUACAGGACUUCUACGGGCCCUUCAAUGCCAGGCUGGCCCAGAUCCUCGCAGACGAAGCGUUUGUGUGGAAAAAGACGUGA